AUGGAAGUGACCAACAGGUACAUAGUAACAAAGACUCACAUCGAUGGUGCAUUAGAAGAGUCACAUUUCGAGCUGAAGACUGCAUCUCCUGCUCUAACAGUGGAGCCUGGGUCCAACGAUGUCGUAGUGAAGAAUCUCUAUGUAUCGAUUGACCCAUACCAGCUUAACCGCAUGAAGAGUUACAGCUCCUCUAAGAGUGCCAUAAUUUUUUCUAUCGGCAUAACCCCAAGCGAGGGUAUUGAUGCAUAUGGUGUUGCUAGAGUUGUGGCUUCUGGGAGUUCCAAGUUCGAGAAAGAUGACUUGGUUGUUGGUUUGAUCGCCUGGGGAGAGUAUAGCGUGGUAAAAGAAGGAAAUAUGUUAAGCAAAUUGGAUCCAAUGGGAUUUUUACUGACUCACCUCCUCCACCCAAGUAUGUCUUCAAAUAGAUGUCUAAAUGCCUCUCCAAAUGCAUCUUCAAAUGCAUUCGCAUCGUCUAUAUCCACGGAGCUUCAACUUCUUCCUUUGUUUGUUCCUGCAGGGUUUAGUGGAUUGGCGGCUUAUGGUGGGUUUUUUGAAGUAUGCCAACCAAAGAAGGGCGAGAAAGUCUUUGUAUCUGCAGCUUCUGGAUCGGUUGGAAAUUUGGUUGGACAGUACGCCAAACUGUUUGGUUGCUAUGUUGUUGGCUGUGCUGGGAGCAAGAAAAAGGUAGAAUUGCUCAAAGAGAAGCUUGGAUUUGAUGAGGCAUUCAACUACAAGGAUGAAACAGAUUUGAAGUCAACUUUGAAAGGGUACUUCCCUGAUGGAAUCGACAUAUAUUUCGACAAUGUGGGGUCUGAGAUGCUGGAAGCAGCAGUUGCUAACGUGAAUAAUUUUGGUAGAGUUGCAGUUUGUGGUGUAAUUUCCGAAUACACAAGUGGAAAGCGAGCUGCUCCUGACAUGCUUGAUGUUGUGUACAAGAGAAUUACAAUACGAGGGUUUUUAGCAGCUGAUUACAUGAAUGUAUACUCAGAUUUCAUAUCAACAACUUCCGAUCACCUUUGUACUGGAAAUAUGCAGGCCCUUGAAGAUAUCACUCCUGGUGUAGAGAACAUACCUUCUGCUUUCAUUGGACUCUUCAGCGGUGACAACGUUGGAAAGAAAAUUGUGAAGAUUGCUGAUGAAUGAGUGGAAAGAAAAACGAAAAAAGAAGAAAAAACUCAUUUUGCUUGAUUCGUUAAGUGAAAUAAACAUAUGAUUAAUUA